CAAAACUGGCAGAUUGCAAGAGGGAAGCUUCAAAAUGAAGGGUGAAGAUGAGACGGUGGUUCAUACGACCAGAGAAUUCUCUGACAGUUAGAAUGAUGAUACUGUUGUUCCUGGUCAUUUUUGUGGCAUUUCCCUGCUGUAAUGCACUGGAUUCCCUGCCAGCCCUAGUGAAUGUGUCUAUGGAGUCUCAGAACUUCAACCACAUUCUAAAAUGGAGUCCUGGGGUAGGAACUCCAAAAGGGACAGUCUAUAAGAUCUUUAUCAGAGGGGGAAGGGAUUGCAGGAAAGACCCUUUAUCUACAAUGAACACAAAGAUAGACAUGUCUGACUGCCUAAAUGAUCCUUACUGUGAUUACACUCUGAAAGUCAAAGCAACUUAUGGAAACAGGAGUUCACCUGUCGUCACCAAAUAUUUUCAACCUUUUACAGAGACUGUUAUUGGCCCCCCCAUGGUGAAUUUGACUGGCCUGGGAGAUGGUCUGAUGGUGGAUAUUUUCUUGCCAGCAAGAAUGAACAGAUCUCAUCAGUUUUAUAAAUCAUUGACAUUUAAUGUAGAAUACAGGAGGGCAGAGGAAGAAAAGGGGUUUAAUAUGAAAUCAGAUACCACUUUUAAUCUCACGAAUCUUCAGCCUGGACAGAAUUAUUGUGUGCGGGUGUUUCCAGAGAGCAGCUCAAACAAGAACAUGAUCCCAUCCAAGUGGCAAUGCAGUCUCACCAGUGUCAUUCAGCCAAGAAAAUUGGCGUUUUUGGUCGGCUGGGUAUUUGGAAUUGUUCUCACAGGUUUAUGUUUUAUUGCCCUUUUUGGAGGUCUAGUCUAUACUGGGAUCCUCUGCAAACCGAAACAGGUUCUGCCCACAGCUCUGAGAUGUAUUGUUCACAGCUACUACCUCUGUCCAGAGCCCAUCCAGGUUAAACCUGUGUUUGAAGUUGACGUUAAGCAAAGCGCGAACCCAAGCAAACCGGCCCCUGGAAAGAGCUUGUGCCAGCGUGCAGGAGGGAAAGACAAAGACUGCAGACAGGUUGGCGACGACGAUGACGAUGAUGAUGAUGAUGACGAAGAAGAAGUGGAGAACUGCGGUUACAUGGACACAGAAGCUAGAUCCUCUUCUACAGGGACUGGCAGCAGCAGCAGCAGAGAGUACCGCUCCACAAACUUUCCUGAAGAAGCUGCAGAGAAUUCUGGGAGUUGUAUUUCAGCGGAUGCAUCUGAUUCAUCGGUCAAAGUCUCCUGUAAUACACCGGAGUGGCGAGAUCACCUCCAGGACUUGUGUCUGUCCGAGGUUAAAGUCAAUAAAGAGGAACCUGUACCCAUCCCUGAUAGAGACAAACUGAAUGAUCACCAGCCUGCAGAGUUGGAUGAGGAACAGUUCAAGGAGACAGAGGAGGAAAAAUUCUCCACAAAUGUGAACCUGUUCUCUGUGACUCUGGGGGCGCUGAAGAGAGACAGAGAAGCAGGGACGGAAGAGGACGAGGACGUGAAAGAAGAGUGUCAGCCUCUGAUCCUCCCUCUAGAGGACACUCAGUGUAAUUACAGUCAGAACAGUGCACUUAAGAUUUCACAGACACCAUUGCUGACUGGCUUAUUUGUAAGGUCAGCACAAACUGAGCUGUCUGCACAUGCCCUGAAACCGCUAACACAUGGGUUAAUGAACUCAUGCACGACUCUUGAAGAGCUUCAGACUGACAGCCUUGUAAACAGGCUUUCAGGGUCAAACAGACAUGCAGAUGGUGACCAGGACAGGCAGAUGGACAUUUUGGAGACUGCAGUGGAUCUUUCGGAAGGAGAAGAGGAGUAUAAAGGCACAGAAUCUGCCUACCUGGUCACACACACUGGUAUUACGAACCCACGGAAUGGCUGUUCAACGGAAGAUGAAGAUGAAGAUGAGGAAGAAUGUUUCUCAGGCUACAUGACACGAUAACUUAGUGUGUGUGUGGGUGUAUGUGUGUGUGUGAGAGAGAGAGUGUGUGAUUAUCUAGGGGAUAUUCUUUGUACCUUGGACCUGAGUACUUGACACUAAACAAAGAACAUGAAGUAGUUAAGGGAAAUGACAGGCUUUCUAAAAAGCAUAUAACAAAUCUUGACCUUUCACCUGCUCUUAUAGAGACCACUUAUACAAUAACACUUGUGCUUAAAUCAGCCAUAUUUAAAUGUCUGACUUCUGGAAUGUCAUGUGCAUGUUAGUGGGGCUGUGUCAAUAUGGUGUAGCGCUGUUUAUUGCUUUGGUGACUUUGAUAUUGUUUGCUGUUGCACAUAUCUCAGUAUAUGUGUAAAUAAUGUAAAUGUUUAAUUUUUGGUGUGUGUGUGUGUGUGUGUG